AUAAUUUUAAGUUUGUGUUUAUAUAGUGGUGUUUGUUUUUUUUUUUUGUAAUAGUAGUGUUUUAUUUAAGUUUUUUGUAUAAUGAUUUCUAUUGAUUAUGUGUGAUUUAAUUUGUUCUAAUUCUCAUACUCUUAAUAGCUUAAAUAAAAAAAUCUAAACUAUCAAUGAUUAAAAUAAUAAAUAAUGAUUUUCCAUAAUUCAAAUGGUUCUCAUUAAGUAUACUAAUACUAAUUAGAUAACAUUUACAAAUGUCGGCUGUUUUAUAAAACGGCCCCAGAGACAUGUCAGUCGCUUCGCUUGAAACGGCCCCCUAUUUAUAAAUAUACCCUAUGGAUCGUGCGAACUUCUCUUAAAUAUUUUGUCUAUGGCGAAAGAAAAGUCAUUUGUUUGACUUGACUGACGUUUACAUUAGCGUUCUUUUCGUCUCCGUUUACAUUUUUGAGAAAAGUUGUAGUAUUUAUGAAUUAAAUAUCUCUGAAAAGUUUGGCUUUCCUUAGUGUUCGCUGAUACCAUGGUAAAUUGAUAGAAGAAACAAAGUGAUCUACCAUGAGUAACAAUUUAGAGAAUGAAAGAACAAUUACUGCUGGCAAAAUGUAUCCAAUUGAUUUGGCACCACAGAAAAUCACUAUUGUGAAAAGUGUAUCCAAUUCCGAAGUGAAAAUGACUCACUUGAUCACAAGUCAACCCAAGACAACAGGUGCAGGUCAAAUAAUCUCUCACGCCGGGUCUAUGGGCUUGAUUCGUCCUGCCACUCAAAUUCUAGCUCCUGGCGUCGGUUCGCAACAACAGAUGAUUGUCAGUGGAUCCCCUAUCCUUCAAGGGACAUCAAUAGUGAGCCAGGGCUCUCAGCUCUUGGGGCAGAGUUCCCAGAUCAUCACUCCACAGUUGCUCAGUGGCCAGAUAUUGCAGCCUGCAACACAGAUCAUUAGCCAGGGGACUCAGCUGUCUGUGCAAGUGUCUAGUUCCAGCCCUAGUGUGCAAGUCAGUGUGGCCUCACCAGUUAGCGGAACACAGGUGUUGAAUGUGGGCAGCCUGGGCGGACAACUAGUCACGGGGACUGGUAACCUGGUGGUGAGCUCCUCAGUGCGCACACUGCCGCAGAGCGUGCGCGUUUUGCCGCCUCUGCCCCACCACAAUACCAGACCAGUUUUGACAAGCGGCGCCCCUCAUAGCGGUGGAGUGUUGGUGAGCAAGACGGUGUCUGCCCACGCGCCGGUCAGCAAGGCGCCCGCCAGCCACGUGCCGCGCGGGCUCGCCGCGGGCGCCUCGCUGGCGCUGCGCCCCGCCCAGCCGGCCCAAGGUUGGUCGGGCGGGCGCGCUCGCGGCGCGCUGGUGUACAACGCGCGCGGCGCCGCGCCGCGGGCCCCGGCCGCGCCGCCGCAGGUCACGUCGCCGCAGCACUCCGCCAUCGUCACGCUGCCCAACACCACCGUGCUCGCAUCGAGCCUCUCAACCGGCGUGAUCGCGGGUGCAGUGCGCGCGCCGGCCGCUCGCCCUCUUCCGCUGCUUACAAGAAACUACCAGCCUGCUAAGGUGGUUGGUGUUGGUGUGGGUAACAGCGCGCCUCCACAGUUAUACUACGAGGUGCCCCGCGCGCCGCAAGCCCAGCCGCGCCUGCAGCCGCUCGCGCCGCCGCAGCCGCCGGCGCAGCCCCCGCCGCACUCGCAACCCCAGCCCCAACCGCAGCCGCAGCCGCUAGUGACGUCUGUGAGCGUAGUGAACGCGGUGCAGGCGCUGACGGAGAUCCGCGGCGCGGCGAUGGCUGCGGUGGCGCCGGCGCAGCCGCCCGGCGCGCCCCGCCCGUCCAUACUGAGGAAACGGGACGCUGAGGGGUCGCCCACAAAGCAAGCCGCGCUGUACGGGCGGCCGGGCUGGGAAGACGUGCCGGCGGGCGGCGGCGGCUCGGGCUCGGGCGGCUCCACCACCAUGUCGGCCAGCUCCUCGCCCGCGCCCGACACGCCGCCCGACCCGCACCCCGACCUGUCGCCCAGGAAGAAGCCGCGCAAGCAGAUGCUAACCAAUGACGUCCGACAAUGCGAGUUCCCCGCCGAGGAUGCGCCCCCCACACCACCCGCCGUCGAGGUGAAGCCGCCACCGAAAAGGCCCCUGCUGAGCUCGAGCUACGUGUGCGGCUGGCGCGCCACGGCGCUGCACUUCGCGCGGCCGGGCGACGUGCGGCGCCGCGAGCCCCGCGCGCGCGACAUCCUGGCCAUCGCCUCGCAGCGCCACGUGCUCGGCACCGCCGACGGCUGGAAGGUGCACCAUCUCACCGCGCAGAUGGACGACUUGGUGUCGCUGGAGGCGGACGUGGGCUCGCAGCUGGCGGGCGUGCUGCGCGCGCUGGAGGCGCUGCCGAGCCGCGCCACCGCCGCGCUGCAGCCGCACUCGCACACGCUCCUCGAGCUGCUCAAGGGCAACAUUCAAAGAAGCAAGAUAGUCUGCGAAGGGAUUCAGGAAGCCCGCGAAGACAUCCUCCGAGUAUUCACACACCGGAACUUCGUGUCCGACAUUCUGACGCGGCAGGCUGACAAACGGAGUUUCCGGAAACACAGAUCGCAGUCAUAAUUAAUUGGCAACACCACGAAAAUACACCGCGUAUUGAGCUCUAAUGACAUUGGCUGAAAGUCAAUUAUCAUAUACACGGUUAUUUUCGUGGUACUAUAAUAAACUUGAGUCCUAAUGCUAUUACUUCUGUAAUUUGCAUAGCAUAAUAAAUAUACCGCACAUUAGGCAUCCUUGUCUUACUUGUGCAAUACGAAUUUGAUGAAAAAGCGAUGCUAUUUAUGUGAUUCACAGGGUUGAGAAAUCACCCCUGUGUUUCGACCGAAAAAUAAGGGCGGCCGCAAAUGUCCAAUUGUUGGCAAAACUGCCCCUAUGAUAAUUCCUAAAGGCGACCACGUUGGACUGUGAGAUCUGACAAUGUCUGAAGAAGCAGCUAAUAAAGUUGACGAUAGUUAUUUGAUUGCAAAAUAAAUAUUGUGGACACUCCAUUGAAUGUGAGUUUCCUAAAUCUAUUUACAUAUUGCAGAAUGUACUAGCAUAAGUUCCUGUUGUAAAUAGUGUAAAGAAUGUGUAUGUACAUUAAGUAAUUCUAUAUGAGUAUUAAUUUUAUGAGAAGAGAAUGCCUUGGAAAAUGAGUUUUACUUGUGAUUUUGAUUAAAUAGAUAAACAUAAUAAAGAUUAUUUGAUAUAA